AUGGCUCAUAGGGUAUUUGAUAUUAUUGGAUAUACAACUACUGUUAUGUUGUUACCUAAGAUAACUUUGCAAGAGACUUGGAAUUUAAAAUUAAGUUGGAAUGAUGAAAUUCCAGAUAAUUUGGCAAAGAGAUUUAAGUUCUGGCUCUCACAGUUACAUUUAUUAGAGGACAUUAAGGUUCCAAGAUGGCUAGAACUUGAACCAUCUAAUGUUGUUUUAAGUGUAGAUGAACUUUGUAAAGCUGAAAUUUCUCUGAUGUUAUUAAUUCAAAAGGAUGGUUUUAAAUAUGUAUAUGAUAAUAAACUUAAGCAAUUAAGACCAUUUGUUGACCAAAAUGGUGUGAUAAGAGCUAAAACCAACCUUGAUUAUCGUGAUGAUACAUCUGAUUUCAUUCAUCCUAUUAUUUUGCCAAAUAAUCGUCCUGUUGUAAAAUUGUUAAUUUUAAGUUAUCAUGUUGAUUAUUUACAUGCUGAUAUUUCUCUGUUGAUGUCUCACUUAAGAGAAAAAUAUUGGGUUUUGAAAAGUCGUAAGACUAUUCGUAAUUGUAUUAAGCAUUGUGUGAAAUGUCAAAGAUUGAAAGUAAAAAGAUGUGAAGUUAUGCCAGGAAUUUUACCUAGUGAUCGAGUAAAUGAUGCCGCAGUAUUUGAGAUAGUAGGGGUUGACCAAACACCUCCUAAGAAGUAG